AUGGUAGAAACGGGAAUCAAAGACGAGUUGACCCGCCGCCGAGAGCGAGGGCGACGCUCACAGGCAGCGUUCCGUGAGCGUCAGGCCAAAUUCGCCCAGGCACUGACAGAUCAGAAUUCUCGUCUACGGAAAGGUGUCAAGUUACUGCUUGAUGAAGCCCAGGGUGAUGAAAGACCUGAGAUACUUAGCAUCCUGCGGGACUUGGCUGUGGCGGCCGAUCUCAACAUCCCAGCGACAUUGUCAUGUAACAAAGCUUCAGAAUCAACAAAUACUUUGACAGACAUAAUUUCUGAGAGUUUUGUCACUUUCGAUAAAAGCUUGUUACCAACCAAUUCCAUCGAAAUGCCGGUAUCCUGGGAUUCAUUUCCGACAAUCUCUGCUACUCAAUAUCGUCUAGACUGUAGUGUGUGGCUAGACCCUUUGCACUACCUCCGUGUCUCAUUACCACCACAAGACCUUCUCCCAUAUCUUGGCACUGGGGCAGAGACUUUUGCAGGGCUUCUCUUCUGGUCCGUCAUGGAACACAGUCAGAGUGGCUGCUCGUAUCAUGAUGCUGCGUCCAUUAUCGAGACUGGCCUCGGCCACUCCACUGUCACACGCGAUAUCAAACCGACUUUUAUCCAAACAAUGGCGAGGGCAAGAAUAGAAUAUAAGAAGACUGGUUCGAUCAGUCAAGAGCAUGCAGUGGCUGGAGAAGACGAUCUUGGUCUGGUAUUGUGCAAACUCGUGGAAGAUGAUUAUCGGUCCAAGGGUAAAGACCCGAAUCAAUGGUUGUCAUGUGUUGCUAUCGAGAGAAGGAUAAAGAGGGCAAUAGGCGGUUACAGGUUGAAUUUGCUGACGCUAGCUGCUAACGGGCAGGCAAACUCGACUCUCCAAAGCUUGUUGGAAGGUGUUCUGUGCAAGCUGUAUGAUAGCUCGGUUUGCUUUGGGGACGGGCCUCGUUGGAAUAUCAAGGUCAUAGAUCAGCUAUUUGCACCAUUAAUAAUACAGGCACUUCUGGUCUAA